GCAAAAUCUGAACUUACAUCAUGUUUACCUUCUUCUGGACAACAGUGCUAUUCUCUCUGAGGGCCUCCAACACACAUACAGUUACAUCUGCCUUGGGAAGACCGUUCUGUUCAAGGGAAUUCUGCAUUACUCUUACUGAGGGAGAGAUAACAGCCGAGGCUGGACUCUGUGUUGCGAUACCAUGUUCCUUCAUCGCUGCUCAUGGAUUUACACCAAAAAAUAUUGUCUGGUUCAAAUGUGAAUCAAAGACAAAGAAAUGUCGGGACUCUGAUAUAAUUUUUCACACCAAACACAAAAAGGUUCCAUCUGAAUUCUUAGGACGGGUUUCACUGUUGGAUCCUGAUGUGGGCCAGAGAAACUGUAGCAUCAUGAUCAAUGACCUCACCACAUCUGAUUCUGGAUCAUAUCAGCUCAGAGUAAAUGGUCUUUACAAUGGAAAAGAAGAUGGAUUUGUCUUCGGUCAACGAACAAAUGUCUCUGUUAAAGAUCUCAGGCAGAGGUCCACAGUGACUAUUCCUCCACUGACUGAGGGACAACAGGCCACUCUGACCUGCACUGCUCCUGGUCUCUGCUCUGGGUCUCCUCCUAAAAUCACCUGGAUGUGGAGAGGAAAAGAAGAAAAUGAAUCUAUGAUAGGAAACAUCACUGCUUUAAGAGCUGAGAACCUGACUGCUGUCACACAGAGACACAGCUCAACUCUGACCUUAAACCCAUCAGCGGAGCACCACAACAGCAAAAUAACCUGUAAGGUCAGCUUCACAGGGAACAUAACCACUGAGGAGACUUUGAUUCUAAAAGUAAACUUUAAUCAUGUGAAAGAUUGUGGGUCUGGUUAUGGAGCUCUUCCCUGGGUCAUUGCUGGGGUUUCCCUCUGUGUAACUGUUUUCUGCAUGAUCUGCAUGUGGCACCUUUGGAACACAAGAAAAAAGAUGAAACACAAUGAAGUUGAUCAAACGUACAUGUAUCUGGAAAAAGCUGAUACGUCACCAGAGUAUGAUGUCAUUGUCCACCAUAAAAGACAAUCUCACAUCACUGGAGCUACAACUGUGAAGGAGGGAGAUACUCUGAAUCUGACUUGCAGUACUGACAGUUUCCCUCAGCCACUUAUUGUGUGGACCAAGCAUUCACCAAGUGGAAUUCACCUCCAUAAUGACACUGGAUCGGCAACACUUGUCGUUUCAAAUGUGACAGCUGAGGAUUCUGGACAAUAUUUCUGCACAGCAACUCAUCUGGGCAGCAUGGUGUCUGUUUCCGCUGACGUAAAAGUGACUUUGUUUUUAAAGAUCCUGAAAAGCUCUAAAUGUGUGCUUCAUACGGGAGUCAUGACCUGUGUGUGCAUCACUGAAGGGUUUCCUAUACCCACCAUUAAAUGGCCGUUGCUGAAGGAUCAUACUGAGUACUCUGUCACUAACAUGGCGUCAGAUGGCAUCGUCAACAGCACCUUAACUAUUAGAAACCAUGGCAACAUCAGUGUUGAAUGCACCAGCAGCAAUGAAAAUGGUGAAGUAAGGAAAAACCUCAUAGUCCAUCAAGAUCUGUCAGAAGGAGUUAAUCAUGUGAAAGAUUGUGGGUCUGGUUAUGGAGCUCUUCCCUGGGUCAUUGCUGGGGUUUCCCUCUGUGUAACUGUUUUCUGCAUGAUCUGCAUGUGGCACCUUUGGAACACAAGAAAAAAGAUGAAACCCACUAAAGUUGAUCAAACGUACAUGUCUCUGGAAAAAGCUGAUACAUCACCAGAGUAUGAUGUCAUUGUCCAACGACCACACUGACACGUCUCCAGGGAUCGCUGUCACUGGGAUCUUACAAGCUGAAAACUAGAUUUUUGUCAAGUUUAUAAAA